AUGGAGAAAUUAUUUCUUCUGAUUUCAUGCCUGCUGAUGUUUACACAUCAAUUCUGUUCAGAAGCAGCAACAUCUAAUCCGGAGUACCCAUAUUCGUUUAUGACAGCAGAUGCUCAAAAGGCAGCUUCAAGAUCAUAUGAUUACAUUGUGGUUGGAGGAGGUACAGCGGGAUGUCCCCUGGCAGCAACUCUCUCACAGCACUACUCUGUUUUAGUAUUGGAGAGGGGAGACUCUCCUUACGGAAUUCCCGAUGUGGAGGAUUUCAGAGGGUCUCCCACAACUAAUCCCAAAGUAGCGCAGGGGUUUGUCUCAGAAGAUGGAGUGCAGUUGGUACGGGCGAGAGUUUUAGGAGGCGGAUCAGCCAUCAACGGUGGAGUCUACAGCAGGGCGAGCACUGAAUAUAUUCGGAAAAUAAAGUGGGAUGAGAAACUUGUAUAUGAGUCAUAUGAAUGGGUAGAACGGUUGAAUGCCUUCCAACAAUACAAGCUUUCUACUUGGAAUUCUGCUACCAAGGAUGGGCUUCUUCAAGCUGGAGUUCUUCCUUACAACGGCCACACUUUCGAUCAUUUGGUUGGCACCAAGAUCAGUGGCUCAAUCUUUGACGAGAAUGGAAAGAGACAUACAGCCGCAGAUCUACUCCAGUAUGCAAAUCCAGAAAAUAUUGUAGUUCUUCUCAAUGCUACUGCCAGCAGAAUACUCUUCAGUUUGGGAUCAGGAAAGCCAAAGGCUAGCGGAGUGGAGUUCAGAAGCAAUAAUGAUGGUCUCAUUUAUCAAAUUUCACUUAACCAAUUGUCAAUCAAUAGUGAGGUGAUUUUGUCAGCAGGAAGCAUAGGUAGCACUCAACUUCUCCUCUUAAGCGGAAUUGGUCCAAAAAGACAACUCAAAGAAAUGAAUAUUCCUGCUCUUUUAGAUUCACCUUUUGUAGGUAAACAAGUUCAAGAUAAUCCUAGUGCAGCCUUUACUAUAGCAUCCUCGAAACCACUUGAAGAUUCUUAUUCACAAUUAGCGGGCAUUUUAGACAAUUCCCAAAAUUACAUCGAAAGUGGUAGCCUUGUCCAACGGAAUAAUGGUACAAAUACACAAUAUUUAGGUGUUCUUGAUAUUAAGUUGGCAUUUCCCUUAUCAAGGGGUGAUCUUUGGCUUAAAAGCGUAGACCCUCGAGAUAACCCCUAUGUUCGUUACAACUACUAUUCACACUCUCUUGAUCUACAAAGAUGUGUGAAAGGUAUAAAAGUAAUGGUUAAUCUGAGUAUGUCAUCUUCUAUCCAAGAGUUUGCAUUUACUGAUAGUGGAAAUUCCAAAACACUCCAAUUCCUUGGAAUAGCAUUACCAAAGAAUCAAUCAAAUGAUGAUGCCUUGGCGAAGCUUUGCAAAGAGGCACUAGGGACAUUUAACCAUUAUCAUGGAGGUUGUCAAGCUGGUUUAGUGGUUAAUGAAAGAUAUCUGGUGAAAGGUGGUGAUAAUCUCAGAGUUGUGGAUGGCUCAAUUUAUAAGGAUUCCCCUGGUACCAACCCACAAGCCACAACCAUGAUGCUUGGAAGGUAUAUGGGAAUUCAUAUCCUUCAAGAACGCACAAUCUCUUAA